UGCUUUUUAACCCUGUUUUAAUGAGUGCAAUCUAAGCCGUUCCUGUGUGACGCCUCUCUCUCCCAGGCACGGCCUCCCCUAGCGGGCUGGACUGGGGGGUGGGGGCGCCGGGCAUAUAAAAGCCCUGGGGCAUGCUCCCGCUGGGCUUUAGACCUGCGGGACAGCACGAAAAAACCCUGAGCCUGUCUCGUCUUCCCUUCCACACAGCGCUUCCCAUUUUGUCAUGAUGCUGGCACGGUCACUGAUUGGUCCCCUGAUCUUUGCUUUAGUGGGUGUCACUCUUUCUGCACCAAUAAGUGAUGGCACAGACAAUGAUGAGAGAGCCCAGGCACUAGCAUUAAUGAAUGGUGUUACCGGCGCAGCUGAACCAACCCAUAGCCCUGGAGACUCAGGAACUACAGAUGGAACAGAUUCAGCAGAGAGAGCAGAAGGUCCAAGUGACUCCUCAACUGAUACAACAGAAAAGCCAGGUGACACAAGCCAGGAUGAAACCACCAGAGGCCCUGAUUCAAUAGAUUCUGCUGAGGGUGGGGCGGAACGGAAGGACCCAGAUAUGCCAGGCACAGCUGAUAAAGACUCGAUUGAUCAUUCAGAUGACACGGCUGAUCAAUCAACAGAAAAGAAACUGGAUGAAACCAAGGAAGUAACAGACACAGACAGUGAUUCUCUGGAUACUGAUUCCCCAUCUAAAGCAUCACAUGAAAUAGACUCCUCAGAGAGAUCAGAGAAGGAUGUCGCUGAUGAUGAUAACACUGACACAGACAAAGAUUCUUCCAGUAAGGAGAUGUCAGACCUGGAAUCACAUGACGAGCCACACAAGGAUUCUCAAGAGGACGCAGAUGACAAGUCUGAUGCUGCAGACACAGACAAAGAAACCUCAGAUUCAGACGAAUCUGACAAAGAUGAGCCAGAUGACAGCAUCGACACAGAUACAGACAAGAACAGCAAGGACAAGGACGAGGACAAAAACACAGAGGUGGAGGACACGGACAGCGCAGACAAAGAAGUGAAGGACAGCGACGGAGACAGCAGCGAGACCAAAGUCACGAAAGACACUGAUGAGCAGGAGAAGAGCGACAACCUAGACACGGAUGAAAAAGACUCAGAUCGCUCUUCAGAGCGAGGAGACAAGGACAGCAAAGAUGACACAGAAACGGAUGGUAAAGACAGUGACAGUGACCGUGACACAGCAGAUUCCGCAGAUGUAUCAGAGACCAAGGACAGCACUGAGAAAACAAGCAAAGACAGCGACAAAGACAGUGACAAAGACAGUGACAAAGACAAUGAUGUAGAGAGAGACAAAGACAGUGAUGCAGAUAGUGACAAAGGCAGAGAUACAGACAGCACAGGCACAGAGGACGAAGAUGAAGGCGCAGAUAGUAACAAGGGCACCACAGAUGAUGCUAGCGAUGACAAAAGCAAUGACAGUCAUGAAGGAAAGGAGACUGAGAGGGAGACUGGAGAGAAAGAUAAAGACACUGACCAGGAGUCAACGAGCAAGUCUGAUGAGACUGUCGGGGAACCAUCUUCAGUAGACUCCCGAGAAAGCCAGAAAGCAGACUCUGACAGUUUGGAAUCCUCAAACGUCUCAAGUAAAGAAGACAGCCAGGACACAGGAAAGAGCAGCACUGAAUCCACUGACAGAGACAGCUCGGACAACACUGACCAUGCUGACCGGGAUAGCGCUGAGACAGAGGGAGAAGCUAGAGAUGAUGAGAGCGCAGGUAGUCCAGAAACAGAGACCCCAGAUUCACCAGACACAUCGCUGGAAACAGCUGAAGACUCAAGCAAUUCCAAUGACGAGAAUGACAACAGUGACUCAAUGGACGCAACAGAGUCAACAUCACACGAGGAGAACACUGAUGAAGACACUGACACAGACACUACCGAUGAAGAAGACGAUGCAGACAUAGAUGAAGAUGACACGCUGCAAGAAGACCCUGAGGCUGCUCCCAUCGAUGUACCUGGUCAGCCAGAUCAUUUAGAUGACACAACACAAGGGCCUGUCGUUGGCAGCAAUAACCCUCCCUUAAGCUCCUAGCGUCCAGGUUUUUGCUAAACAAAACAGUUUAACAGGGUUAUCAGACAUAAACAAGAGAAGCAACUGAAGUGGACACAUUAACCAGCUUCAUUUUGAUUCCCAUUAACACGUGACAUUUUUCAAUGCCCCCCCCCCCAAUGGUGAAGGGUCCUAUCUAGAGGGUUCUGGGAUGCACAUUAAAUUAUUCAGCUGUUUGGUGUACAUUCUGUUUUUUUUUCCAUAAGUCUUAAUUCCAAAUCUGAACAAAAGCCGUACUUUCCUAUAUUUGUCCAAUUAAUGCCUUUUCAUUUAAUUUAUGAAAAAAGAAAGUUGGCUCCUAAGGUUCCAGCAGUCAAACGUGUUGCUCAUUGUUUUGAAGCCUAGCUAGUAGCAUUAAAAUGUUUCUUUUGGGGGGUCCUAAGCAGUAAAGACUGAAGUCAAUGAUUGAGUUCAAUGAUCGGAGAAUAAUGGGGAUUCACGAUAUUGAGUCGCCUCUGCUUUUCCUUGCUUUGCCAUUGUCAUUGAGACAUCUUGUCCAUCUAACUGCUCCAGCUUCUAGGCUGACAACGUUCUCCUGACUCUCAGUUAAAUGUUCGCCAUUUAAAAUCUCAAACGUAAACGAUGUACUGUAGAUUAAGCUAUUUUCUACUAUAAAAUAAAAGUGUACAGACAGUUUUAUGAAACGGUCCUUUAAGUUCAUGUCUCUGAAGGUGUAUUAACUAAUACUGUAGUGAUGUAAUGGCUCAGAUUUUCUUCAGAAUUACUGAGAUAAAAGAGAUGUAUAGAUAUAAUUAAUGUCACUUAAAUUUGUACGCAGGGAGCAAUUCUAAUAAAGACUGAGUUGUCAGACAAAA